CAAACAACGACUUUCUUUUGGCUGUUGAAAGACUAUGAGCGGUUGGGUUACUUGAGAUAAUUGAAACAGAGCAGAGUCCAAAAUCUGAACUCAUCUCACUCACUCAUUUCCCUUUUGAGCUCUGGAAUGGAUCAAAUUCAGCACAAUUUCAUCGAAGUUGCAGGCCUGAAGCUCCACGUAGCCGAAAUCGGAACCGGUUCCAAUGUCGUCGUCUUCCUCCACGGAUUUCCGGAGAUAUGGUACUCAUGGCGGUACCAGAUGAUCGCUAUUGCUAACGCCGGGUUCCGAGCAAUUGCUCCCGAUUACAGAGGAUAUGGACUCUCCGAUUCGCCUGCUGAGCCCUCGAAGGCUUCAUUUAGCGAUCUCAUCAGCGAUCUCCUUGGGAUUCUUGACGCUCUCAACAUCCCUAAGGUGAUUAUUGUUGGGAAAGAUUUCGGAGCAUGGCCAGCUUAUUACUUCGCUCUGAAACAUCCUGAGAGGGCAUUGGGAGUUGUCACAUUGGGAGUGCCAUUCAUGCCUCCUGGAUCUGUUAGGAGUACCCAAAGCCACAUCCCUGAAGGCGUGUAUACCUUAAGAUGGCGGGAACCCGGGCGAGCCGAGGCUGAUUUUGGUCGCUUUGAUGCAAAAACCGUUGUUAGAAAUGUUUAUAUCCUCUUCUCCAAAAGUGAAAUGCCAAUAGCUCAAGAAAAUCAAGAAAUAAUGGACUUAGUAGACCCAUCCACCCCUCUUCCUCCCUGGUUCACCGAGGAAGAUCUAGCAACUUAUGGAGCUCUGUAUGAGAAAUCUGGAUUUGAUACCGCAUUGAAAGUUCCUUACAGGUCAUUCAAUGAAGAUUGGGGAGUAAAAGAUCCGAAGGUUGAAAUUCCAGCAUUGUUUAUAGUGGGUGAAAAGGACUAUGUUCUCAAAUUCCCUGACAUUGAGGAAUACGUAAGAAGUGGAAGAGUUAAAGAAUUUGUUCCCAAAUUGGAGAUCAUCUAUUUGCCAGAAGGAUCUCAUUUUGUUCAAGAACAGUCCCCCGAAGAAGUUAAUCAGCUACUACUCACUUUCCUUGCCAACCAUUUUUGACGGUGCAAGUUCUAAGUCUAUCAAUAUCUACACUGUGUAUGUUCUUAAUCCCAACUGAAACGCUAUGUAAUAUGUCAACUACGUUGUGUCUAGAGAAACGAUGAACCUUUGUCUAAAGAUAAAUCGUAAAAUAAGAAGUGUGAAA